GCAGGGCACGUGGACCAGAAACACUUCCUAGAAACAGCAAGUAGACGCUGCUGCUCAACCCUGCCUGAACUUUCCCUGUAAACAGAGCAAGCUGACAGAACGGCAUCCCUGCUGGGUGGAUCCUGCAACUCAUGGAGGGAAUGGCACGUCUUGUUUUUAAUUAGCAAGGUGAAAGGUGAAUUAAAACUAGCUGUUCGGCAAGUCAUAGCAAGAGACUGACUUCUGAAAGGCUUCAACGAGAGUCAGGAGAGAAGAGCUCCACGGGGAAGGUAGUGAGCUUGCCUUUUUUUUUUUUUUAAUUCUUCUGAAUGAACUGCUUGCAGAAGUGACUUUAAAAAACUACAGUUUCUUCACUUACCGGCAUAGUUAUGGAAGAAGAAAGAUUUAGAUAGGACAUGGCUGUGAAGACUCCUUGGAAUGUCCUUUUGCUCCAGGCUUAUAAACAACUGUCGGGAGGAAAGGAAGGUUUUUCAUAUCCAAAUACAGCCUGACAAAUGCCACUUUGGAACUGUGCGUUCUGAUGACAAGGCACUGAUUUCUGACAAAGCCUUCGCUGCCCCUGGAGGGGAGUCCUAAGGCUCAAACCAGCCUUAAAGUGAGGUUUUGAGUGCGGAUACAGUGAGCAGAGCAAGCAAGGCAGUAUGGCAUCAACUGGACUACUUAUCACCUUGCUCCUAUGGGGUUACCUACUGGAGCACUGGACAGCAGGUUACACAGCUGAUACCACUCACCCACGGUUACGCUUGUCACAUAAAGAGCUCUUGGAUCUAAACAGAACUUCCAUCUUUCAAAGUCCUUUUGGAUUUCUUGAUCUCCGUACAAUGCUGCUGGAUGAAUAUCAAGAGAGGCUCUUCAUUGGUGGCAAAGACCUUGUAUAUUCCCUCAGUUUGGAACAAAUAAACAAUGGCUAUAGAGAGAUACACUGGCCUACUACAACACUAAAAACUGAAGAUUGUAUAAUGAAAGGAAAAGAUGCAAGUGAAUGUGCAAAUUAUGUUCGGGUUCUCCAUCACUAUAAUAGGACACACCUUUUGACCUGUGGUACUGGAGCUUUUGACCCACAUUGUACCUUCAUCAGAGUGGGACACCAUUUGGGGGAACCCCUGUUUCAUCUGGAAUCACACAGAUCUGAGAGAGGAAGGGGCAGAUGUCCUUUUGAUCCCAGCUCUUCCUUCAUCUCUACAUUACUUGGUAGUGAAUUGUUUACUGGCCUCUAUAGCGACUACUGGGGCCGAGAUGCUGCGAUCUUCCGAAGCAUGGGACGCCUGCCUCAUAUUCGCACAGAGCAUGACGAUGAGCGUCUUUUGAAAGAACCAAAAUUUGUUGUUUCAUAUAUGAUUCCUGACAAUGAAGACCGAGAUGACAACAAGCUAUAUUUCUUUUUUACUGAGAAGGCCCUGGAGGCAGAAAAUAAUGCCCAUGCAAUUUACACCAGAGUUGGGAGACUUUGUAUGAAUGAUGUAGGUGGACAGAGAGUACUAGUGAAUAAGUGGAGCACUUUUCUGAAAGCAAGACUGGUUUGCUCAGUACCAGGAAUGAAUGGAAUUGAUACAUAUUUUGAUGAAUUAGAGGAUAUUUUUUUGUUACAUACCAGAGACAACAAGAACCCAGUGAUAUUUGGACUCUUUAAUACUACUAGUAACAUAUUUAGAGGGCAUGCUAUAUGUGUCUAUCAUAUGUCUAGCAUCCGAGCAGCCUUUAAUGGGCCAUAUGCACAUAAAGAAGGACCCGAAUACCAUUGGUCACUCUAUGAAGGAAAAGUUCCUUAUCCACGACCUGGUUCUUGUGCCAGCAAAGUGAAUGGAGGGAGGUAUGGAACUACCAGAGACUACCCCGAUGAUGCCAUCCGAUUUGCGAGAAACCAUCCACUUAUGUACCAGCCCAUAAAACCUGCCCAUAAAAAACCUAUACUUGUAAGAACAGAUGGAAAAUAUAAUCUGAAACAAAUAGCAGUGGAUAGAGUAGAAGCUGAGGAUGGCCAAUAUGAUGUCUUGUUUAUUGGGACAGAUAAUGGAAUUGUGUUAAAAGUAAUCACAAUUUAUAAUCAAGAAACAGAAGCAAUGGAAGAAGUAAUUCUAGAAGAAUUACAGAUAUUCAAGGAUCCACUUCCUAUAAUUUCUAUGGAGAUUUCUUCAAAGAGACAACAGCUGUAUAUUGGCUCUGCUUCUGCUGUGGCCCAAGUCAGGUUUCAUCAGUGUGAUAUGUAUGGAAGUGCUUGUGCUGAUUGCUGCCUGGCUCGAGAUCCUUACUGUGCCUGGGAUGGCAUAUCAUGUUCUCGAUACUACCCAACAGGCACACAUGCAAAAAGGCGGUUCCGCAGACAAGAUGUUCGGCAUGGAAAUGCAGCUCAGCAAUGCCUUGGACAGCAGUUUGUUGGGGAUGCUUUGGAUAAGACUGAAGAACACAUAGCCUAUGGCAUAGAAAAUAACAGUACGUUACUGGAAUGUACUCCACGGUCUUUGCAAGCAAAAGUUAUCUGGUUUGUGCAGAAAGGACGUGACACGAGAAAAGAGGAGGUGAAGACAGAUGACAGAGUGGUUAAGAUGGACCUUGGUUUACUCUUCCUAAGGGUACGCAAAAUAGAUGCUGGAACCUAUUAUUGCCAGACAGUGGAACAUAGUUUUGUCCACACUGUACGUAAAAUCACCUUGGAGAUCGUGGAAGAAGAGAGAGUAGAGGAAAUGUUUCACAAAGACUAUGAAGAGGAUGGGCCUCAUAAGGUGCCUUGUCCUGCACAGAGCAGUAUCUCACAAGCAGCAAAGCCAUGGUUCAAAGAGUUUUUGCAGCUUAUUGGCUAUAGUAACUUCCAGAGAGUAGAAGAAUACUGUGAAAAGGUAUGGUGCACAGAUAAGAAGAGGAAAAAACUUAAAAUGUCACCCUCCAAAUGGAAGUACACCAACCCACAAGAAAAGAAGCUCCGCUCCAAAGCUGAGCACUAUCGUCCACCCAGGCACACACUGGAUUCCUGAUAAGAUGAAACCAUUUAUUGGCUUCUCAAAAAAUUAUACUUAGAAUCUGAAGAAGAGAAACGAGAAAGAGAAGCCAUUCAACUUGUGUUACUUAAAAACAGAUUUCUGUAAUACAGAAGUAACUAUUAAGGAGUUACAGUAAAUUAUUCUCUGUACUUAUUUGACUGGUUACAUAUGCCAUGAAAUUAACUAAUUUUUAAAAUAAGUGUGUUGUUUAAUGAUUUCACAUUAUAUUUAUCAAAAGUGACCAUCACUGUAGUUUUGAGUGCUUGAUGGCUUUUCCAUGACGAUUAUUAGUUCACCUUUUUAAGAGAAGGUUAUGGCAAUAUUGAAGAAAAGGGAAUGACUUCAAUGAUCAUAGAAAAUAAACUUAAGGCUGUUUUAUAUUCUCAGAGUUUUGCCAUUUUACAACAAUAUAAAGUAUGCAGAAUAUCAGAUACUUUAACAUUAUCAAGGGAACUGUCUGUACAUUUAAAGAAUUACUGUACUAUCAUUGUCUAAGUUAUGAGUUUUACAAAGCAUAUCUUGUAAUGAUUGUAAACCAUGAAAGAAAAGUUGUAUUCAUCUUAAGGCUUGUGCCUUCAUAAAUUAUUAAAUCACAUCCACAAUAUUUAAUUAUUUCUCAUGAUAAAAACACAUUCUUCCGAUUUCAUUGCAGGGUGAAAAGAAUAAAGUUAAGGUAAAAAUGUU